CCAUUCCGGACGUGGACGUGUGCGGGGCGAGAGCGAGCAUCGAACACGUGUCGUGUCGCGCGAUUUUUGGGAUUUGGCUUUCGGGCGAAGAUUUGUAGCCGCCUGUGGAAUUUUUGAAGGCUGCCGGGUGUGAGUGCGUUGUGGAAUUUUUCCCUGGGCCGGGGGGACUGCAGUGUUCGAGGGCGUAGUGGCGCCCCCUAUGCAGUUGUGAAUAAUUCAAGCGUCGAGAACGGACCAAGAGUUCGCUGAAGAGAUAGUCCCGUUUACUGGGGAUGAAGCAAGGAAGCAAGUGUGAGCUGCCAGAGUGACGUUGCGGACACGUACACACAUACACGUCGUUGCACAGUUUGGCUUGGUUGGCUGGUUUGCGGAAAUUUAUGGAAAAAGCGUGCCAGAACUUGGUCCGGGAGGAUUAGGGGGGGCCGGUGAAGACCGGAUGCUGAAAUCCAUACCCUUCCGUAUAUUCCCAGGACACUCACACACACACUCACGGUGUACCGCGCGUCGACUGGACGCGACCUGGGGCGGCUGGCUUUACAUGAUUAAUGGUUGUGCAAAUUUGCUCUAAUUACUAAUAAUCGCCCUGAGGUCACACGGCCAGGCGCGCUCCGGCAAAUCCCGGCGCGAACUCCUCUCGAGGGAGCCAUAAAUCAAGGCUGCUCCUAUUAAUCAUCGUGACGCUCCGAAAAAAGGGGUGCAUCACCACGAACAAUUCCCCACGACAACAACAAAAAAAUCAAAUUCCCAAACACAACAAAGCGGAAACAAACAAAAAGUUCGAGCUUUUACUUAUUCACACACACAAAACACAUUGUGUGUUUGGUCCCAAAAUUCGUGACUCUUUUUCGCACCCAAAAAGUUGGAGCAUCUAAAACCCACACCCAAAAAAAUAAAAAUAAAUAAAUAAAAACAGUCAUCACAAACCAACGGUUACGGUGAAAUAAAUUUUCAAAUAUUGUCACUCCGGAGUCCGGAGCACCGCGCGCACCCGAGGGCGUAAAGCGGAUUAUAGAAUUUUACACCCCCGCCGCCCCGCUGCCACCAAAAUUCCAACCCGAGCGCGCUCAAAACGGAUUAAACCGUCGUACGGGAAAUUAUACGCAAAACGAAGCGUGUUGCGCUAGCGAUACAUACCGAGAGCGAACGAGGUGAAGGCGGAGAGCGAAAAAAGAGCUUGCAGCGCGACGCGCUGUUGUGUGGAAUUAAUUGCUGGACGAGCUUUCGCGAGUGAGCGUUUGUGUGUGCGUGUGAAACGCGAACUCAUCAAUUGAAAGCUUGAGAGGGGGGGGGGGUGCUUUUAAAAAUUUGUGCUGAUAAAAAAAUCAAAAAAGUGUGAGGGAGAGCGGGAAAAAACAGAGGGAUCAAGAUCGCCGGCACAAACAUACACAUAUACAAGCGCGUGGGAUCGUCAAUCCGGUUGAGUUGGUUGCGUCCCCCAAAACGUGCGGGAAGUGGAAUAAGGGAUUAAACUUGAUAAUACGUGAUUGACAACGUUUAAAUACUGAUAAAAGAGGGGGGUGUGAGAGUGAAAGCGCGCACUUUUGGUGUGUGUUUGUUUGGAGGUGUGUUUAUUUGUGUGUGUGCGUGAUUAUACAAUCGGUAUCAGCGAGUGAUAAAAACGGAAAGUAAGCCGAUAAUUUUGGAUUUUCGAUUCGAUUGGAUUGGACAAAGGAGAAGCGACAAUAUCCCGGACGGACGCGCAGCGAGAAUUAAAAGGUACCAUGGAAUACACGGAACCAUUCCACUUGGAAUAAAGUUAAAAUGAUAAGAUCGAACCCAUGGAAAUGCACCCAACCACAAUGACGUCCAAGUUCUACCGACACACGGCCCUGGUGCUGCUCCUCCUCUGCAUCGUCACAAGCCCGACCGAGAGCAGGUACCGCGACAAGGACCCCAAAAAAGCCAAAUCCGCCCAGCUGAACGUGAUCGGCGGCCACAGCAGUAGCGCCAGUUCCAACACACUCCACGGAAUGUCCUCGCCGCCGUUGAUGAAUCUCUGCUCGGGAGAUCGCGAAAUGAAGCUCGUGUGUCACUGUUCCCCGGACGACGAGCACGUCAAGGCGCAGAAAGCCAACUGUUGGAUCUUCAGCAAGGAUCUCCCCCGGAAGGACCCCAACUGGUUGGCCUUCCAGACGCAAACCAUGCUGGAGCAGCUGAAGAUCACCGUGCAGAAGAUCGGCAACCUCACCUACAUCCCGUCGGAUGUGAUCGUAACGUUGAAGAACCUGAAAAUGCUCACGAUCGAGUACGGCCAGAUUCCGGACCUGCUGAACUACGCGUUCGGAAACAUGACCGACCUGCGGAACAUUACGCUGCACAAGAACCAGAUCCGGAUCGUGCACCCGUUCGCCUUUGCAAACCAUCCCUUCCUGGAGGAGAUCAACCUGGAGCGGAACGAGCUCAUCGAGCUGGACAAGGAAGCGCUGAUCAAUCUGCCCCAGCUGAAGAAGCUCAAUCUGGACUUUAACAACCUGACCAUGCUGCACGACGAUGUCUUUGUGGAUCUCACCAACCUGGACGAGUUGAAGCUGGAAUCGAACCAGGUUUCGGUGCUCACGAGGGAGAUCUUCAAGGGGUUGGGCAACCUGAGGCUGCUCAACAUGAAGUCGAACAGUAUCAGCUACAUUGGUGAUACGGUCUUUGCGGAGCUGUGGAGCCUGCAGGAACUUGAUUUGAGCAGCAAUCAUAUUGAGAAACUUUCCGCGCGCGCUUUUGACGGCCUGAACAACCUGCGCCGGCUCAACCUGGAACAGAACCGGCUGGCGCGGCUCGAGCGGGGCAUCUUCACCGGCGUGCCGGCCAUUCUGCGACUCAACCUGAACUCGAACCUGCUCCAGACUAUCACGUACAACAAUUUUCUACCGCUGAUGGACAACCUGGUCAACAGCACCGUGGAGUUGCUGCUUAAAGAAAACAAACUAAUCUGCGACUGCCGGCUCGCGUGGCUGUUCGACCUGGCCAACACGACCAAAAACGACGACCUGCGGCACACCCUGCGCCAGCUCGAGUGUCUGUACGAGCUGAAGGGCACCACAGACAACCGCGGCGGCCCAAUUCCGAUCUCGGUCCAGCACCAGCUGAGCGAUCUAUCGCGGCCGCACGACAUCCUCGGGUACGACGACAGCACCGAUUACGGCGGCUUGGACCAUCUGGACCACGGAAAGCCGCAGCACGGCGUUGGGUACGGAGUGCAGCCGGUUCACCGGCCGGACCCGUACGCUCCGAAGGCUCCGCUGAAUGCUGCCGGCCAGCAGGUCUUUACGCUGAUGAAGUUACGCAAGCAGGACCUGCUGCCGUGCACCAAGGAGCUGGACGAACCGACCGAGUUGCCGCUGUCGCGGGAAUCCAUCGGCAUCGACAUGGGCUGGCGAUCGUCGGUCGGCGGGGUCACGUCCAGUUCCGCGGGACGACUCCGGAGUUGGGGGUCACAAGGGCUAGUAGUCGUGCUGCUAGUGGUGACGGUUUCUGCGCUAGUUAAGUGUUAGCUUAAAGCUUGAGGCUUCUGUAAGUGGUGGUAAUCACAGUGGGAUUACAAAACCCCGAGAAAUACUAGUAGAUUGGUGAGCGAGGAGAGCAGUAAAGUGAGGUAGAUAAACUUUUUUAAACAAUUAAAAACCCCCCACUGAAACCCGUCAGAACUUUAAGAAAAUUGCAUCCAAACUUCUCCCACGGUGAAAUGCUGACAUUGUUGUGUGUUGAUGGUAGGUCUAAUGAAUUGCUUUUAAAACUUAUUAUUCAAUCUUUUAUGAGAAAUGUCGUAAUAAAUUCAGAACAAAUGAGGUGUGUAUAACAUGCUUAUUUUUCUUUGAAAAAUUGCUACCCUGCAACUAGCUACAUCUAUUCCUUUUUUUCCUCUCUAAAGUAGCCAUUGUUCAAGCAAAAAAGAGUUUUCCGUAAAACCAAUCAAUUCUUUUGCUCAAACAGCUCCUCGCAACAGUUCUCCUCUUGAUUUUACUCACCUGUAAACGGUUCAGUCAUUUGGUAAAUUGGUACCAAAUUGAAGCAUUUGCAUUUCCCAGCAAGCACCUUUUUCUCCGUUCCCCGGGCACCAUCAGGUCCACAGCUAUGCAGGGAAUUGAGAUGCGGUACGAUCGUUCAUUGAAGUUUGCCCUUUCUUUUUGCUCCGGUGCUUGAUUGAUUGCAGUCGUGAUUGUUUCUGUCAGUGAAGGUGUGGUUCUAGGGGUUUGCAUUGAUUUGCGGUGCAGGUUGAGCAUUUGCAAUGAAUUUGAGGGGAUCGACAUUUAUUUGUGCUGCUUGUUGAAGUGAAUAACCAUGAUGUUGAUUAUUAUUGGUCCAAUAUUGCCAGCUUACGUUUAAGCUGUGUUUCAAGCUUCCACUUCCAGAAAAAAACCAAUCGAUGCAAAAUGAAUGAAAGUCUAAUAAAAAAUAAAACCCACACCACAAUCACCCCCCUAAGGCGAGCCACCCAGUUUCGACCAUGAAUAUAAAUAAAAUAUUAGCCUAUUAAUGGGUCUUCUUCUUUGAGCGAGAUAGCGGGAAAAAGUGCGAGCAUCAAAUUUUAUUAACCCUCGAGCGAGUGCCUAACCUUCCACGUCUGGCAACACGUUUUUGAAAAACGUACCAUGACAUUUCAACACUUUGUUUGUGGUUCCCAAAUUCAUGAACGCUUGUUCACGAUUUUGGGAACUCUUUUUCCUCCGUGUGAUCAUGGCCGUUCAAGGUAACUCACAGCAACCAAGAACGACGAAACAAAGGAUAACAAUAAAAAGUAACGUUUUCAAAACGUUUCUCUUUAAAAUCUCUCUCAAAUACUCUCUCAAAAAUAUACCUGAAAAUAAACAAAAAAAAAACACAAAAUAUAACAAUUUCUUUGGAUUAAAAAAUACCAGAGUUCCCAAAUGAACCGGUUAGGCUAGGUUCAGCAAUAAAAUUGGUUCGGCUUAAACCUCCCUUUGUGGUUCAAUCCAGGUUCAGUGAACCAUGAACCAUGGCUUAAGCCAGGCUAACCAGGCUAAUGAAAACCAUGACCUAUGCAUAGUGUUAAGGUGCAACCAUGCUAACGUGUAACACAUUAAUGAUGUAACAAUGUUACAGUGUAUCGAAUGAUACGGUGUAAAAAUGUUACGUUGUAACAAUGUUACGGUGUAAUCAUAUUACGGUGUAACGGAUA